AUUUAAGCAGUAGUUUUAGUGACAGGGCUAUCGCCACUAUUUCCAAGUUUCAAGGAAGUGAUAGCCCGAAGAAAUUCCGGGAAACGGCGGUCUAUGUGUUGGAGAACAAUCAUAGACAGCUAUAUAGCGGAGAGUAGCCUAAUGUAGCAUUAGUCAUAUAUUUCUCUACGGCUCUGGCCAAGCCUAAACAACAUGUUUGCGUUUAAAAGUCAUAAAAUAAAUUUCUCCUCGCCAAAUGCUACAGGCGUUUUUCGUAGAGGCGAAACACUAUCGGGAGAAUUGCGAUUUGUGCUUGGCAGACAAAUAGAUUUUCAGGAAAUAUCAAUGACCAUCAAAGGCAAAGCAAAGGCGCUUUGGGACACGAAACGAGGAAAGCACAGCGUGGAGCACAAGGGAAAAGUGAUAUACUAUCGGGAGGAAGCUGUUGUCCUACGAGCACCAAGUGGUUGUAUGUUCACGUUGUUCGUUACCGAAAUGCAUGUGGAGGGAUCUUUGCUUUUACUGAUAGCCUAUGUUUACUCUUACAGUUAAACACCAACUGAAACCAGGAGUUCACGUAUACCCCUUUCUCUGCAAACUGCCCGAUGGAAAUUUCCCUUCCACUUUUCAGUCUGGUCAUGGAAAGAUCUCAUAUUCAGUAAUCUUUGUGAUUCGCCGAUCCCCACAUCAAACAAAAACCUUUGAAUCAGAAUUCCAGUUUGAGCGCCUGGUCAAUGUGGAUGUUCCUGCGCUUUUGGUGCCACAGUCGUUCACCAGACGUCAAUACCUCCAGAACCACAUGUUUACCGUAACGGGGGAUGUAUCUAUGAAUGUGUUGGUGGAUAAAAAAGGUUUUGUUCCUGGGGAAACUAUAACAGUUAAAACGGAAGUUGGAAACGGUACUUCCUCGACUGUUGUGCCCACAGCUGAGCUAGAAAAAAAACUGACAUACUACGACGAUGGCAGAAUUACUAGUAAGAGGAAAUCCCACCAGUUGAGAUAUGAGGUGGGAGAGCAUGUUAAGCCCAACACUUCAGAGUUUAAGGGGGAGAUCAAGCUUCAUAUCCCUAAGGACGCUUGCGUCACCCUGAAAGACUGUGAGGUCCUGGAUGUUGAAUACGUAGUCACGGUGUAUCUGAAAGCAAACGCAGCCACCGCACUGACAGCUGUCUUCCCCAUCGUGAUCGGCAACUCUCCACCGAUGCCUUAAGAGCCUGAAACGCUUGACACAAACUGAUGUGAACAUGUGUGUGUCUUUGG